AUGGGCCUGCUGCUAGACGAUGAGGAAGAUUACAUGCGCCCCCUCAAGUCCACGCGGAUUGAGGGGCAUUCCACGCCGGCAGUACAAGCAGCAGCUGCGUCCGAAGUGGCUGCCGGACCAAAUUCCAACAACCAUGAUAACAACGACACCAGCAAAAGCGAGAAGCGUUCUUCGUUAGAAAUUCCUCUGUGUGGCGGCAAUGGCCUUGCGAAGAUGGACGUCUUUGCCUUUGGUGUGGGGCGAGCGAUGGUGAAAGUGAUAGACACGCCAUCCGCACGUGGGCAACGGCGCUCAAGCAUUCUCACGUCGCAGGAGUCGCCUCGCUCUUCGGGCAGGCGGAGCAGUCAACCGCCUACGGUCGCGAAGACGAUUUUCAACCCCUCACAGGUCCUGUCGGAGACCACGGAGACAACAGCCAGCAGGGAGACGAGCUCCCGGCCUGUGGAUUUGUCACUGGCUUCGUCCUCAGCGGCAGUCGAACCCUCUACGAGCUCCUCCCUGUCCACGAACUCCGUUUCUCGGCAGUUGUUUGGUGAGGGAGGUGCGACAAACGCCGGUGCCACUUCAGCCGUGGCGCCAGCGGUUGAGGGCAGUGAAGCGCUGCCGAAGCCCAAGGGGCAGAUGAAACUCUCCGACUUUUUCACAAAAAUGGCAUGCACACGGAAGAAGGAAUAA